CGGCACCCCGGGGCCUUUUGACGGCCCCCAGUGGCCCCACCAGGGCCCCCGGGCCAUGUACCUGGCGGUGGCCGUGCUCAUGGGGCUCGUGGUGGCCUCGGCCUCGGUGCUCAACGGCCUGGUCAUCGUGGUGUCCGUCAGGCACAAGAAGCUCCGCUCACCCCUGAACUACAUCCUGGUGAACCUGGCCGUGGCCAACCUGAUGGUGACGCUCUGCGGCAGCUCCGUCAGCCUCUCCAACAACAUCAGCGGCUUCUUCGUGUUUGGGAAACGGCUCUGCGAGCUGGAGGGCUUCAUGGUGUCCCUGACAGGCAUCGUGGGGCUGUGGUCCCUGGCCAUCCUGGCCUUGGAGAGGUACCUGGUGGUCUGCAGACCCCUGAGAGACUUUCGGUUCCAGCACCGGCACGCUGCCAGCGGCUGUGCCUUCACCUGGGGCUGGUCCCUGCUCUGGACAACCCCACCACUCCUGGGCUGGAGCAGCUACGUGCCUGAAGGCCUGAGAACCUCCUGCGGGCCCAACUGGUACACGGGUGGCAGCAACAACAGCAGCUACAUCCUGGCCUUGUUUGUCACCUGCUUUGUGAUGCCCCUCAGCCUGAUCCUCUUCUCCUACACCAACCUGCUGCUGACCCUGCGGGCGGCCGCGGCGCAGCAGCAGGAGUCGGACACGACGCAGCAGGCGGAGAGGGAGGUGACACGCAUGGUGGUGGCCAUGGUGGUGGCCUUCCUCACCUGCUGGCUGCCCUACACCACCUUUGCAUUGGUGGUGGCCACCAACAAGGACAUUGUCAUCCAGCCAGCCCUGGCAUCCCUGCCCUCCUACUUCUCCAAGACGGCCACGGUUUACAACCCCAUCAUCUACGUCUUCAUGAACAAACAGGUAACACAGCCCCAGGGCCAUGGGGAGCAGGAUCUUGUUCCAGCAGCUCCUGUCAGGAAUAAAAAUCCUUCUGCCUGGAGCACAGAAGUCCCACACAGAGAAUCCACAUUGGUACAAGCCUGGGUUAGAAAAGAUUAAACCUUUUUUUGGACAGAAUUGUGUCACAGCCCGGGGUGAGGCCUGUUCUAGGCCUCGCUGUUACCCUGAGGCGCUUCUGCUCCAGCUCUGUCACUGUCACAACAGGACAAACACAUCAAAGAUUUUUAUUUUCUCUUGAUCUUUCCUCAGAAAGCUCCCUCAGCUCUGCAGCAUCCUCCCUGGAGCAGCUCUAUCAGUACCUGGCUGUAUCACGGUCUGAUGAUGGGAAGCAGCAUUAGAAACAAGUGAAAAACCCAACGAAACAACCCAAAAAAUGAACCUCAUGGUUCAUUUUUCAUGAGAAAGAACCACAUGGCAACACAAUAACCUUGGAAACUUUUAUUAAUGUUGUUAAACCAAAUUAACAGGUACAGAGCUGGAGCAAUUCCCUGCAAAAACAGGAAUGAAGAUGCAAAACUUCACCCACCCAGAUGUGCAAAACCAGCUCAAAGCCCUGUGUGUCUGUCAGGGAACAGAACAACCUUCACUCCUGCACUUUGAACUGUAUUUAUCACAAAAAAAAA